GUACGAAGGUUGGAGAUGUGACUUUCAGUAAUUUCUUGAUUUAUUCCGGCGAAAUGGCGCUUGUAGAAGCUGCCUUCUACCUUAAGGAUACCACCCUUGGGGUAGGAAAUGCGUUUCGAGGCACUGUCGUUCGUGUUUGCCUGUCAUGUUGCACUGUUAUUGUCUUGCUGUGGGUUGCAAUUUUGAUGUACAUCAGCUUCUAUUAUGCCUACAUGCCCACUGUUCAUCACUCCCAACCUGUUUACUUACAAUUCUCGCCGCAUUGCCACAAGAAACCAGAYGGUGAGCUGUGCUCUUUCCCGGAAGCCAAUGUGACACUCAGUAAAGGAGACAGGGUAAAUUACUUAUUAAUCAAUGCACACUGGAUCCCAUCGUCAUCGAUAAUGAAUUCUGAUUGGUUCGCUAUCAAUGAAAUGCAGAUGCAUUGCGCGCCUUCAAGAUCAAAAUACAGGAAAGGUACGAAGGUUGGAGAUGUGACUUUCCGUAAUUUCUUGAUUUAUUCCGGCGAAAUGGCGCUUGUGGAAGCUGCCUUCUACCUUAAGGAUACCACCCUUGGGGUAGGAAAUGCGUUUCGAGGCACUGUCGUUCGUGUUUGCCUGUCAUGUUGCACUGUUAUUGUCUUGCUGUGGGUUGCAAUUUUGAUGUACAUCAGCUUCUAUUAUGCCUACAUGCCCACUGUUCAUCACUCCCAACCUGUUUACUUACAAUUCUCGCCGCAUUGCCACAAGAAACCAGACGGUGAGCUGUGCUCUUUCCCGGAAGCCAAUGUGACACUCAGUAAAGGAGACAGGAUGGUGACACUCAAGUUCUUGUCCCACUCUGGCAAAGUGUUAGCAACAUCAUCUCGAUCGAGUAUGCUUCAUUUCAAGUCAGGGUUUUUGAAGAGUCUUAGUACAAUGUUCAUGUCUUUUCCUCUGAUAUUUGGAUUGUCUGAAGAAAAUCAAAUUGUUGCUGUGAAAUUGUUUGAAAAUUAUGUUGAUGAUUCUUAUCAUCCUGUGACAAAAAUUAAUGUGGUGAUUUCUGCAAGAAGGAUUGAAAUUUACGGUGCUUCUAUUAGAAUUGAAGCAGAGUUUUCUGGAUUUAGGUAUAUCCUUUUCAAUUAUCCAAUCACAUCAGCGCUUGUCUGUAUAUCAACGAACUUCAUCACGGCAUGCAUAGUUUUCUUCUUUGCAUAUCAUGCAUUCACUCCAGACACCAUUGAAGCCGAGACUGACAUAGUCCAAGUGGACGCCGAUGGACAUCAACAUCUYUAUAGCGAAGCUAGGCGAAGGGACCUCAGAAGAAGCAGUCCRCGAAGGGACAUYRSAAGAAGUAGUCCCGAACGUAGAAUAUGUCGGACCCCAAGCCCAUUACCUAACGCUGGUAGGUUCAGAGUCAGGACGUUGUACUCAAGAAACAAAGCCCCCUAUAUGAAUAACAGUGUGUCAUCRUCCCACUUUGAACCAAUCRGCAACCAUACCGUAAGGCGCAGGCUAAGAUCCGCCUCUUUUCCUCCAUGUAGGUGGGACAAACAUGACCAUCAGACAAUGGCUAAUCAGGACSUCGCAGAGACUGUAUGUGGAGCACCCGGUACGUCACGUGGAGGUAGUGAGGGUGUGUAUUCUUAUCUACAAAAGCGUGGUAUCCAGGCUGUUCUUGAUGAUCAUGUUGUUGAUUCGAAGUGUGAUCGAGAUUACAAAAACAGCAGUGAGGUGGAUAAUAUUCAACCGUUGACAUACUCCAGCACUAGUCGGCCUAACCACACAAUUACUGAAACAAAUUUUCUUGGUUAUGAACAGCGAAAUGAAGCGCGUCUAACACCUUUAGAAAAAAGCUUAUCAUUUGAUAGCGGGGUUCAGCAAAUUCUACCGUCUUAUACAGUUAUGCAGCCGAAUGACACAGGGAAAAAACAUCUGACACAGACAGGGGACUUUGGAAAUCAUUCUGAAUUUAAURGACAACUAUCGAAAUCAUCCGAAAGGAGGAUUCCGGAUGGAGCCCCAGCAGAACCAUCUCAAGCAAGAGGUCUUGUCAGAGCAAGAAGUGAAGARCASUGCACAUCUAWUGAAAGCAAAACGACAAUUAGGAAACGUUMUUCUCCAAAYAAAGCKAAGUCGAAGUUGGGAUCUUCAUUUAGAAAGAUACUGCCAAGGAAAUAAUUGAGUGUUCUACUGAUGAUUACUGAUUUCGGUGAUUUAAAACCUUGUCAACAUAUGGACGCUUUGUUUAUUCUGAGUGUUUCCAUUUGGAUGGAGAAUACCUUGCCAGUUCAGUGAGUGGUAUCGUCAUUGUUUAGGGUCAAUGAUACUAAUAAAGAAUGUCUUUUA